ACUAAAAAAAAUAUUAAAGAUAUAGAGCUCAAACUAGUUUGACUUAAAUAAUAAUUUUGUAGAUAAAAUAUAUCAUCUUAUUUGUUUAAAAUCUGAUUAAAAUCCAGAGUGCUUUAAUUAUGGAUAAUCCGGAUAUAAGGUGCCGUUUAAUUGAUGCGAUUCGUCAUGGAAAACUGGAAACAGUAAGGGAGUUAAUAAAUUCUUACGGGCUGUCAUAUUCAGAAUCAUCGCCAAAAGGAUAUGAUUUACUUUGUGAUGCUCUUGAUAAUAAACAUUCGGAGAUUGCUAAAUUACUUUUAACAAGCGGCUCUGAAGUCAACAGUAAAACAUACAAUUAUAAAAACUCUUUUGAGACUCCCCUUCAUUUUGCUGUUAUAAAUGGUGACAUAGAAAUUAUGAAGAUGCUUCUAGUCAGAGGUGCUAAUAUUAAUGCUCAAAAUUCCUGUGGCGAAACUCCACUUAGUGAUGCGAUUAAAAAUAAUCGAUUAGAAAUUACUGAAUUACUUUUAAAACAUGAAGCUGAUGUUAAAGUUAAAAAUUGGCGUGGUCAAACUCCACUUUGUCAUGCGAUUCAAAAUAAUCGAUUAGAAAUUACUGAAUUACUUUUAAAACAUAAAGCUGAUAUAAAUGUUGAAGACAAAAACAGAAACACCCCACUAUUUUAUGCUAUUGAUAAUCAUAAUUUAAGAAUUAUCAAGCUACUUUUAGAUAGUGGAGCAAAUUACACGGAAAUUGUUGAACUUCUUUUGCAACAUAAUGCUGAUAUUAAUGGUAAAAGUCGUUAUGGUGAAACUCCACUUUAUGUUGCGAUUAAAAAUAAUCGAUUAGAAAUUACUGAAUUACUUUUAAAACAUAAAGCUGAUGUAAAUGUUGAAGACAAAAACAGAAACACCCCACUAUUUUAUGCUAUUGAUAAUCAUAAUUUAAGAAUUACCAAGCUACUUUUAGAUAAUGGAGCAAAUGUUAAAGAUUAUCCCGACCUAUUGUAUAUUGCUGUUAUUUGGGGAUACACGGAAAUCGUUGAACUUCUUUUGCAACAUAAUGCUGAUAUUAAUGGUAAAAGUCGUUAUGGUGAAACUCCACUUUAUGUUGCGAUUCAAUUUAAUCGAUUAGAAAUUACUGAAUUACUUUUAAAACAUAAAGCUGAUGUAAAUGUUGAAGACAAAGACAGAAUAACCCCACUAUUUUAUGCUAUUGAUAAUCAUAAUUUAAGAAUUAUCAAGCUACUUUUAGAUAAUGGAGCAAAUGUUAAAGAUUAUCCCGACUUAUUGUAUAUUGCUGUUAAUAAGGGAUGCACGGAAAUCAUUGAACUUCUUUUGCAACAUAAUGCUGAUAUUAAUGGUAAAAAUCGUUAUGGUCAAACUCCACUUUAUGUUGCGAUUCAAUUUAAUCGAUUAGAAAUUAUUGAAUUACUUUUAAAAUAUAAAGCUGAUAUAAAUGCUGAAGACAAAGGCAGAAAAACCCCACUAUUUUAUGCUUUUGAAAAGGAAAAUUUAAAAAUUACCAAGCUACUUUUAGAUAAUGGAGCAAAUGUUAAAGAUUAUCCCGACUUAUUGUAUAUUGCUGUUAAUAGGGGAUGCACGGAAAUCGUUGAACUUCUUUUGCAACAUAAUGCUGAUGUUAACGCUACCGAUGAAAACGGUGACACAGCAUUGCUUUUAACUGUAAGUGAUUGUUAUGAAGUUUCUAAUAGAUCUCUUGAUAGAGAUUCUUAUGUUAAUCUAAAGACGAAAAUUACUAAACUGCUUCUUAAUCAUGGUGCUAAUGUAGACGCUGAAACUCGAGGUGGUGAUACGCCACUUCAUUUUGCUGUCUACAAUGGAUAUUCACAAGUUGUUGAAGUUCUUUUAGAAUAUAAUGCAAAUGUCAAUGUUAGAGAAAAAACAAAUUUCGAGACACCACUCCAUAUGUCUGCACGAAGAAAAAAUGUAGAAAUUUGUAAAAUGCUUUUGAAUAAAGAAGUUGACGUAGAUGCUGGGGAACGGAAUGGAUUAACAGCGUUGCACAUGGCAACACUAGAAGGUUCCAACGAUAUUGUAAAACUAUUGCUUGAACGUGGUGCCGAAGUUGAUUCUAAAACUAAAUAUAAUAUUACACCCCUGUAUUUCAGUGCUCAAAGAGGUCAACAGGAAAUCAUUGAAACUCUCUUGAAAUUUGGUGCUGAUAUUAAUUGUAGAGAUAUAGAUGGCAAAACAGCACUCCACAUUGCAUCUCACGAAGGGCGUUUUAAAGUUAUCACAACUCUCUUGGAGUAUGGCUGUGAUAUUAAUUCUAGAGACAAGGAUGGCAAAACAGCACUCCACAUUGCAUCUAACGAAGGGCAUAAUGAAUUUGUUACAACUCUCUUGGAGUAUGGAUCUGAUAUCAAUAUUAUGACUUACAACGAUCUUACACCUCUUGAUUAUGCUAAAACUGCUGAAACUAUUGAAAUUCUUAAACGCCACAUAGUUCAAAUGAAAACCGCAAAUUUAUAUGUUAAUCAACGAAAUUUGCUUUCAGUUGAUGAAAUUUCCUAUGCUGAUUUUCAGAAAAACUGUGAGAAUGAGAUAACAAGCAUGAAGAGCGAGAAGAAUAAUUAUAAUAUUUCAUUUUAUGAUAUCUUGACAAAGAAUACUCUUUCAUUAGCAAUAUGUUUGAGGAACGAAAAUAUAGUGCAGAUUCUAAAAUUAGACGAUUAUAAAACAAAAUUUCCAAUAUAUGGAAGCAUGAUGAACAGUCGUUUCAGAAAUGGUAUGAAAAAAAAAGAGUUACUUGAGUAACGAAGAUUUAAAGAUUUCAAUUAAGUUUCUUACGUCUGAAUUUUACGAGUGAAGCCAAUUUUCUCGAUAAAUAACGAUUUUACACGAAAAAUUAUUUUAUUUAUGGUAAUCUUUUUUCAUGUAAAUUAACAUUUAUCGAGUUAAUUAACCUCUUUCAUAAAAUUCUAGAGGGUAACCUUUACGAAAGUAUUGCUAGGAGUGAAAAUUAAAGUUUUACGAGGACAUACAGUCGCUACUUAGUAUUAACAUUCCAAUGUACUUCGAUUACCGCAAACCUUGAUGGCCUAAAAUUACAGAUGUAAAAUCCACUAAUUUGUUUUGUACCGGAAUAUUUUGCUAGAGAAUACCAAAUUUUUAUACCAUGUAUAUAUGA